ACCAGCUUAAUAGCCACCCAUGUCUGCCCUCACCUAGCUGCAAAACGAGCCACGAUUCUUCAGUUAGACUCGUAAGUUAAAUUUGAACAACCCAACACUCAACUCAUUUGAAACCCUAUCCCAGCUCAACCAAAGGAAAUCAGUAAACCUUAACCCUAAAUGGCUGAGAGGUUUCUAGAGGCUAUUCAACAUGAUGACAUUGCUGAAUUGGGACCAAAACUAGAAAGUUUCUUGGCACAAGAAGAUGGACCCUGUCAGGGCUGCAAUCCUCUACUCAUUGCAUGUGAGCAGAGUAAGGUGAAGUGUGCAAUGGAGAUCAUCCGGCUAAAACCCGAAUUGGUCUGGGGGAAAAACCAGGAGGGUUACAGUCCCAUGCAUUUUAGUAGUGAAGAUGGGCUCGUUCCGGUGGUUAAAGCACUCGCUGAGCUAACUGUCGGACUGUGUCAUGUGAGAGACAAUAAUUCUAGAACUCCUCUCCAUGUCGCUGCGUUGAAAGGGAGAGAGGAAGUUGUGAGGACAUUGGUCAUGGCAUGUCCAGAGUCUCUCAAGAGGAUGACUUCUCUUCAAGAGACUGCUCUUCACCUUGCAUUGAAGCAGAAGCAGUAUGGUGCCUUUGAAGUUUUGAUGAAGGAAAUUCAGAAGCACAAGCAAGAGGAGCUACUGAAUUGGAAGGACCAUGAAGGCAAUACCCUCCUUCACAUUGCAACUUCCCAUAAACAACCCCAGAUUGUGCAGCUGAUACUCAAUUCUACAGAGGUGCAAGUAAAUUUACAGAACAUGAAAGGUUUCACAGCGUUAGACCUCCUUAACCAAAAUUUCUCUGAUAGUAUUGACAAUGAUAUUAGUCAACUACUUCUUCAAGUUGGAGCCAAAGAAGGAUAUGCACUACAAAGUUUUGAAAUCCAAACACAUCAUCAUCCCCAACCACCAUCACCUCCAAUCCCAAAAUCACCCAAGUUCAAAGAAAUGAUGGUCUUAUCUCUCUCCUCAAUGACAAAAUCUGUGUUGUUGGCCGUCUUCAUCUUUUUAGCCGGGGCUACCUACUCAUAG